GGGAUGCCUGGAUGCAUUCCUAUUGUGUAGUACACAGAAAACUCAAGUUAUAUUGAAGCGACAUUAUUUGCCCUGGAAUCUCUAGCUGAAUAUCACCCUCCGUUUCGAAUGACACCAGAUUUUAUGUAUUGAUCUGAAUAUAAAUAUAAUUUCCUACAUCGAUACAAGAUCUUCCCCGAUAACGAUUAGGACCACGUGAAAUCCGACCCCUGCUGUCUUACGGGGGAACUUCGGAAGGCUUCUAGUUUAUUCUGUUUUCAGCGGGAGCGCAAUUUCAUCGAAGGAUUAAUUUGAUUUUAGUGCCGUUAACAAAAUAUUUGUGUAAUUUUGAAAUGAGUUCUGUUUGAUUCAACAGCUCUUGGCGGAUAUCGCUACUGUUUACUAAUCCUCGCCUUGCUGUUACACAGUGCAUGGAAUCCGCCUCCCGAACAAGAAGGAAAAAUAACGGAAAACAUUUGUAUACGAGAUUUAAUAUAAUUUAAACUUAUGCCAACGAGAAGAGGCGCCUUGUGAGAUGAGCAUUGUUUGUGAAUUUUAAUGACGCCACACUCGUGGCUUCUCAUAGAGAUCGUUAGCUCUGUAUGGAGGAGGGGCCAGUCGGAGGGUAGGAGAAGAGCUGCACACCGUGUGUUCUGUGUGAUAGUCUUCUUUCCUUGAUUUGGAGAUGUAUAAGCACGGAUGUGUACUUUUUCUGUCAUUUGUGAUAUUCUAUUUAAUCAGUUUCUGUGAAACUCAGCAAUACCCGAACACGAUCAGAAUUGAUGGAUUUUUCGAGCCCGAACACAAGAGUGCAGAGCUGGCCUUCAAAUGGACGAUGCAGAAGGUUAACCUGAGAAAUGACAUUCUGAGCCAGGUCCUCGUAGCCUACAUUGUGAAAGAAGUCACUCCGGACGACAGCUUCGACGUCUCCAAGAAAGUAUGUCGAGAAAUUGCUGCUGGGUGUAAGGUUAUUUUUGGACCUGGAUCCCGUGUGUCAUCCAGUCACGUGCAGUCCAUAUGUAAAUUCCUGGCCAUUCCUCACAUCCAGGCGCAUUGGGAUCCCCGUGACGUCAUCACAGAUACCAGAGACCCGGAUAAGGAUCAUUUCUCUAUAAAUUUGUAUCCACACUACCUGUCUCUGAGCUCUGCCUUCCGAAAUUUGAUUGACUUCUGGAAAUGGAAACAGUUUACCGUAAUCUAUGAGGACAAUGACGGUUUAAUACGGCUACAGGAAGUUUUAAAAGCGUCCAAUGUCCCAGAAACCAAAGUUACCGUCCGUAGAAUCAAUAACAAUCCGGAAACGUACAUCAGUUUAUUUAAAGAUCUUAAGGAAAAGGGGGAAUACAGAAUAAUAAUUGACUGCCAUGUCUCCAGGGUCGGGAUCAUACUGGAAAAAGCCCUUCAAGUCAAUGCCGCAUCGGAAUAUUUUCAUUAUUUGUUUACUACGCUGGAUCUUGGAUUGGUUGAUUUGGAGCAAUUUAAGCACGCAGGUGCAAACAUCACUGGCAUGCGAUUGGUGGAUCCUGAUCGCCCACUGGUGACGGCGGUAACUGGCGAAUGGAAGUACGAGAUGUUCAGCAGCAGUUCAAAGACGUCACCCCUCGUGGACCAAUCAGGAAUUCCUACGGAGACGGCGCUGAUUUAUGACGCGGUCUAUCUGUUUGCACGUGGUCUUGACGGGGUUCAGAAGGCCAAGAACAUGAACUUCCGGCAAAACAUCCGGUGUAACUCAUCCGUGUCUUGGGAGGACGGUCUAAGUCUGCUCAAUUACAUGAAAACGAUGGAUUUCGAGGGACUUACAGGAAGAAUUCACUUCGGAAAAUAUGGCGAACGGAGUGACUUUACACUAGAUAUAACUAAACUCGACAAAAUGGGGCUCAAAAAGAUUGGUACCUGGGAUCCUAAAAAUUUGGUGAAUAUUACUGAGGAUGUCAAAGAAAACACAAAGAAGAUGAGUGACCAGUUAGCCAACAAGACCCUCGUAGUCACCACCGUUCUCGAUGCUCCUUACGUCUUCCAAAAAGUAGAUGAGAACGGAAUCGUGACGUAUGAAGGCUUCUGUAUAGACCUCCUUAACGAGAUCUCCCAAAACCUAGGCUUCAAGUACGAGAUACAGGUGUCUCCCAAAAACGAGUACGGCAACUGUGAUGAACACGGGGUCUGCAAUGGGAUGGUCAAAGAACUCGUGGAGAGGCGAGCUGAUUUGGCUGUAGCGGGUAUGACAAUAACAUAUGAGAGAGAAAGAGUGAUAGACUUCACUAAACCAUUCUGGAAUAUCGGAAUCACUAUCCUAUUCCGGAAGCCUAAGCCAGAACCUCCCGAGUUGUUUUCGUUCCUGUCGCCCCUGGAUACACAGGUGUGGAUAUACGUCAUUGCUGUUUACCUGUGUGUUAGUUUCAUGAUGUUCGUCAUUGCGCGAUUUACGCCUUAUGAAUGGUGUAAUCCGCACCCAUGUGAUCCCAACACGGACGUGGUGGAGAACCAGUUUUCUGUACUCAACAGUCUUUGGUUUACGAUUGGGGCUUUCAUGCAGCAAGGUUGUGAGAUCGCCCCUCGGGCUGUGUCCACCAGAAUGGUGGCCGGAGUGUGGUGGUUUUUCACUCUCAUCAUCAUCUCCUCAUAUACAGCUAAUCUAGCGGCAUUCCUAACCAUCGAGAAAAUGGUGUCCCCGAUAGAGGGCGCUGAAGAUCUCUCCAAACAGACCAAAAUUAAAUACGGAAGUCUCGGGUCUGGAAGCACAAAGUCAUUCUUUGAGCGUUCCAAAUUCCCCACAUACCAGAGGAUGUGGGGGUUUAUGAAGUCGGCCACGCCCUCUGUGUUUGUCGCCAGUAACAAGGACGGAGAAACACGUGUCCUGGAAGGGGACUACGCUUACUUCGCGGAGUCUUCCACUAUAGAGUACAUGGUGGAACGUAACUGUGAUUUGAUGCAAGUGGGCCAAUGGCUCGAUUCCAAGGGUUAUGGAAUUGGUCUUCCUCAAGAUUCGCCAUACAGAGACAAAAUUUCUAGUGUCAUUUUAAAAUUACAAGAAGAUCAGAUGAUUCAGAAAUUUUACAACACGUGGUGGAAGGAAAAGAAUAAAGACGGGGAGUGCAUAGACUCCACCCAGAAAAAGACUAACGCCCUCACUAUAAGAAAUGUGGGCGGUAUAUUUGUGGUGCUGAUAGCAGGCACAAUGGCGGGAGCUGUAGUGGCCUUCUUUGAAUUUCUGUGGAAAGCACGGAAAAACGCCAAAGUAGAUAAGCAAUCCCUGUGUUCGGAAAUUGGCGAGGAACUCAGAUUUGCAGUUCGAUGUUUUGACUCUGCUUCCAAACCCGUGCACCGGAAACCCAGUUCUGACGUCACAGACAAUGGUUUACAGAGCAUGCCUCUUAACAGUUAUAAAAACAAUGGACGCCAAGAUGUAUACUCGUAGCCAUUAAUGUUUGAACGUUUUGUGUAAAACCAUCACGUAGACAAUCAUUUAGAAGGGGAUUUUAUACUUUUUGUUUAAUAUGAUAAUUUACACGAGUACAUCAUUUACAAUGAUUAUACAUGUACAUAUAUAUACAUUGUAUGAGAGUAUGGAUUCGGUUUCAUUAUAUAUCAAUUCAUGUUUUACAUUUCUGCCUACAUAUUUUUUUUUUAACAAAGAAAACAUGUGCAUCAAAAGUGAAUGUCAACAUUAUCUGUUGUAUUUGAAAACUUUGAAGAAUUAUGACCUAAUUGAAUGUCAAAAGUGCCUUACUACUUCAUUUGCAUAUAUAAACAUCUAAUUUGUGUGCAAUGUGACAUUCCGAUCUAGAUAUUUAGAGAUAUUUUUUCAUACAAUUUGUCUCAUAAUUUAUACCAUGUACAUACAUUUUAGCACAUAUACAUAAACAAGCAGAUAUAUAUGUCUCUAAUGUUCUGUUUCGACCCUAUUAUUUGUGUUCUUAUGUGCAUGGUUUUUUUAACUAUUAAUUCGACUAUGCACGCGAGUUUACUUGAGAAGUUCUUCAAGAUUAACUUCUAUGCAUACUGAUAAUUGUAUAAUACAAAUGUAUGGAUUCUUAGACAGAGUUUAUAAUACAAAUUUACUACAUUUUGAUCUAUAGUUUGGAUUUUCAAAUUGCCUGCCUUUGCAGAGCUGUCAAGAUAGGGGUGUGCUGCACAUUUUGAUACAGAGAAAGCUGAAAGGAAAUGUAAAUUCCCAGAUUUUGGUCGAUGCAUAAUGUACUGUAACAGCGUUUCGAUGAUUAAUAGUUUAGGGCUACGUCUUUUUUUUCUUUGUUAACAACACCUAUAGGUCAAAAUACCAUGAAAAUUGCACAAAAUUCAAUUAUUUUUAAUUUUUUUUCUCGAAACAGACUUUUUAAGAAUUGAUAAUGCCGAUCAUUUUAUUUCUUCUAAUUUGUACCCUUUUCUUGAAAUUUCUUUUGAGAGAAGUGAGUUUUGUGCUAUAGUAGCUAUAUGCCAAUAAAUUAAUUUUGUAUUGUAGAA